AUGCUAUUUUUAAAUAUAUCCUUAAUAUUUUGUACUUCGGAAUCAUGGUCAUUUUCUUGGGGUGAUGGCGGAGUGAAGAACGCUGUUGAUGCUGCUGCUACUGCUGAGCAUAUAGCUGCCGCGGCAGUGGAUAGCAUGGCUUGCACAGAUGAAAAUAAAACCUUUACAGUUGAUUUGAAGGUACAUGCACAGGAUCUAGUUAUAAGAUCAAUACAUUCAAUCGCAGAGUCCGAGUCCGUAGAGGCUUACUUUGGUACAAUCAUUGACGAACUAAACGUAUUCUUGAUGAAAUUUAAAGUACAAUUUCAUUUAAAUUUGGACGGUUACAACACAGAUGAUUUUAUGGGAACAAAUGCGGCAUUUGACAUUUCAUGCGAAAAAACUUCGCCAGUAAUUGAGAGGACUUCUUCGGCAUUUUCUUUUUAUUUAAAACAAAGUUUUACUGAUAAUAUUGGUAUCCAUUUAUUUAUUUGGGCAUGUCCAUACAUCUCAUCCACCUCAGAAUUAGAAACAGUUUAUUCAAACCUUAGAUGUGGUAGAGUCAUGGGGGUAUUAUGGAAAGGAGCAGCAGAGACAAGAGCUCUGAUCAAAGGAGUCAUUCUUAAUGCCCUAACAGGAAGUGCACACGCCUUUUCAGCAAGUGACGGAUCGUUCGAUGCCUCAGUUGGGCCUAGAUUGUGUAAAUAUGUUAACCAAUGCGUGGGAAUGGAUAAGAGUGAAAUUGGACAACUUGUUCUUGGUACUGAAUUAGUAAAAUAUACCGGAGCAGUUUAA